UUCCAUGGGACUGCAUUGAAAUGCGACUGCUUUCAUCAAAUAAUGUACGUUAAUAUAUACAUGAGUGUUCUCGUUAAUAGUUCUUGCUUUGUCUUCUUUGUAAACCGUCAAAUUUUUUGUGUUACAUUUUAAUAAUUGAUUUUUAAAAGGAAUGAGCGCAUUUAGUCGUGCUUAUCGAGAUCCAAAAUCUCCCCUCACGCCCCUCAAGCCGUUCGCUACGAAUACUGCAUUUAGUUUUAAUUUAGGUGGUGACGAUUCGCUUAAACCAUUCAUUGAAGCCAUUGAAGCACAACGCACUAAAGGAACUUCUAGAUCCUCGCCAGCUGAGCGAGCUGGUGGUAUAAAUGUGAAUCCAAGCAAAUACACCAAUCAACAAUCAACAUAUUUGAACACGAAAAAUGUCAAAUCUGAAAAGGCUAUUAGAACGCGAAAACUUUCCGCGCGAUCUAUUUCUUCAAAAAAUUCGGGUAUGAUUUCUAACAGUGAACCAGAUAAUUAUACAAAUUGGGGUAUGCGCAAUAGCAAACCACCGAAAUAUGAGUCAACUUUCGAUUCCUCUUGUGGUGGCGGGCACCGUCUUGAUGAUAAUGAUUCAAAGGCAACAAAUUCGGAUUUGUCGUCUUCGAGUUGUUCAUGUUCCUCUUCUACAAGCCAUCAUGAAAAUAUUUGUCGUCGUAGACCACCCAAACUGGUUUUCGAUGAUACACCGGGCUAUGAAGUAGACUCGCGUAUGUCAUCUGUUUUCAAUUGGGUAUGGAAUCGUUUGUCACCAAUGGCAAAUCCUUCAAUCUAUGAGUUAUUGGCGCGCGUUGGAAUGCAAGAGUAUUGGACAAUCUUCGAACGGGAAGAAAUUCUCGAUUUGGAUGUAUUUUCUACUUUAACUAUGGAUGAUUUAAAAGUUAUUGGUAUUCAAAAUCCAAACGACUGCGUCAAAAUAUUGAAAUCUGUUGGAAUGGCUUUUAACUUUUUAUCUGUGGUCUCUUCGCACUAAAAGAGCCAUAGUUAUUUAGUUCACAUGAUGUUAUAUGUAUGUUUUUGUUAAAGAAUUAAGGUUAGAAUUUUUGUGUUUUGUUGUUUUAUUAGAUAUUGAUUUGUAUUGACUUUUUUUUAAAUAAACUUGACUAUUACGAAAAAAAAUUGUA